CCACAGUACGACGAUCGCUGGCAUCUAGGACCAUUUACCUCGCUUCAUUUCCAACAUGCUCUCUGCGGAAUUGACAUCAACCCAUGUGGAAGAGUCCUUGGAUCAGGACGUGUCGAGGCUCUGGGACAUUUUGGCAUCUUGUCAGCAAAUGGCAGGGGAUCAGCCAGAGGUAUUACAUGGACUUGCCUUUGAAGAUAAUUGGAUAUGGCAUAUUCGUCCUGGCAUAUCACAUCCAUUAUGCGACGCUUUUGGACCGAAGCCGUUCUUCCUCGCAACGAAGCGCCGCGAGCCGUUCAAUGAAGAUACAAAGGUCGUCGCAUUACCCCUGACGCGUGUUGACUGUUUGGAUGUUGGACCGCGACAUACUGAGAGGACAUCGUAUCUCAGUGGUUUUCAUUCCGAAUCAUCCGCCACGUGUGAGUGGCAAAUUCCACCAUCUAGAGACAUGUCAACGCCGAUACCUGCCGAUGACGCGAGAUAUCUGCUAUCUCUGUACUGUAGACACCAACCGUCGACUGCUACGAAUACAACGCAUUUUCCUCCUAUAAUUAUAUUAUAUUAUGAACCUGAUGAGUUGGGAGCACCUAAAAAAGGAUAUCUGGGGAUUGAAGCCCUUCCUUUGCAGAAGGGAUCUCAGUACAAAUUGUAUCAUCUUGAGAGUAGCGAAGGCUGGGUCGCAAAGGAAGCGGAGCAGGGUUGCACACCUCCGCCCACUGUUGAAGCCAUCCUGGAGGACUGCUAUGAUGAGUUCAAUCUGGACCGUGAAUGCGACCCAUUGGAUCUUCAUAUUUCCGCCAAAUAUGACAUUCUGAGCGAGACCCUUUUUAAGUCCUCAGUUGAUAGUCCCUUAAGCUCAAUUGUGAUGGAAGUGGGUUGGAGAGGCGUCCAAAAGCUGCUAUCCUCUCCUCCGCCUUCGGGGCACAUUACCGUGAAAAUCAGGAAUGUCUUUGGAGGAAUUGAUUGUGAAAAUCAUUUGCCUACCGCCCCCCUGCUUAAAGAGCUAACAAAAUUAAUGGAGUGGGAUGGCAUUCGCUGCCGUGAUGACUGGCCCGAUAGUGAAUGCGAAUUAGAGGACGCCCAGGAAGCCAGGAUAUCAUCGAAUCUAGUCGAUGAGUGGGUAAAGCAAAUCAAAGAUGAAGGUUUUGUGAUGGGCGAAUCCUCAGCUGAAAGCGAGAACACCACGUUCGAUCUUGACGCCUCUAGUGCUUUACCCUCGCGACCCGAUCUAGACUUCCCGGAGCGCUUUUGGAAAUUUACUCAUGAAGUAGCGAUGAAUCGUAAUGAUCUCGCAAUUGCACUUACUGCCGUCAUAGAAGAGUUGGAAACAGGACGUCUGCAGCCAAUGGUUAAUAAAGCGAAUCAUUCCAGUUUUGCUCGGAUUAUUCGCGAUUGUUAUAAGCUGGUCCGGAUGCAAACGGCUCCAGACUUCGAUGAGCAAAAGGAAGCGAUAAGUCGUACAUUUGACUACUGGUUGGAACAACCACUGGAGCUGAUGGUGGAGAUAGGGAUAUGGAAGCUCAAAAGAGAUUAUUUCUACCAUUUGAUAAAAAAUGAUGUGGCGAGCUGGGAUCAACUGGACGCAUUUGUGGAUGCAACCCUACCCUUGGAUGAACAAGUCAACAGGCUGCGCCGACUGCACCGUAUCGUGGAAUUGUGGAGCUUAGUCAAAACAAAUGUCCUCCAAAUGCCCACGGAAGGGAUGCGGGCGUUAGUGCAAGCCGCGCUCGAAUAUUACGCAGGAGGUUCAGAAGAGGGAGAACCAAAUUGUGUUGACCCAACAGCGACGGUGAUGUACCGACUGGCUCUCCCGCGUUUCUCGAGUGAGACUGGAAAGGCGUUAACAGGGAUGGUAGCGGGCUUCGAACCCUCCAUCUGGACGCUCGUUGUCACGCCAGAGUCUUCGCGACGCUACCACAAAAGUGCAGCAGCGUCGUCACCAGCAUACAUGAUCCAGUUUGAUCGAUUGGAUGGAUUAUUUGCGGACAAGGCUGCGCUUUCACUUGGAGGCAACUUUGACGAUGAUGAAAUGUACAAGAACAUUGAAUCUCUGACUGAGCAACUUUGUGCAGGGGCCAAUCGAUGGAAACGUGUCAGAGGAACCGCGCGAUGAGCUUUGGCGGAUCUGGCUUGUACAAAAUAAUGUAGUGAGUCUCGAUUAGAGCUUUUGUAUGUAGGAAAUGGAAUAUCCGGUCCUUAGUAGCCAUUUAUAUAUAUCCCAUUAAUCUAUUUAAGCGCCAUUCCGCUCUUUAAGAAGAUAACAGUAUUUACAAAA